AUGGAAACCGAAUCAGAAUGGUACUUUGUCAAGAACUUAACCAAAAAGCGAACAAAGACACGUUGGUUCAUUGGCUUGGAAAGAGUUGAUGGAUCUCAUACGUGGGACUGGUUGAGUGGAAGCAUCGCCUGGGUCAACGGGACAUCAGCUGGAACAUGGCGUUGGAAUACAGGAGAAUCAAACAAUUUUGGAAAAGAAAAAUGCGAAGAGAUGUGGCUAAACGUAAAGUAUCACAACAUUCCGUGCCAAGCAGACGUGUAUGAUGAAGAUCCAGGAUAUAUAUGUGAAAAGCAUGUCAGUAAGUUCAUGAUCAUGCCGAAGCUAUGUUAACCCAAUUAAAAAUCACAGUUAGAAAAAAAGGAAAGUUGAAAGCAAACUUUGAUUUUGAAGCGGGUAACUCGUUUUCAUAUUAUCUUCCUAGAUUGUUCCACCAUAUCCAACAAUUCAGAAAAUGCUAUUUUUAUUGGGAGAACAACUAGACCUCGAUCAACCCCCCAACCGUUGGCGACAACGUCAAAGUACUUCUCACACAGAACUCAGUGGAUGAUUACUCGGAAUAAGCUGAUUUCAGAAGGUAAGAUUUACUUCGACGGGAAUUUGACAUGUAAUAUGACCCUAGUCUAUUGCGCAGUUCUUAUCGGAUGUCGCACUUCCAAACUCCCCUCCCCACCUUGUUCACUUAAUAAAAAAGGAAACACUGAAUAUAUAUUUUGUACUAUAAGAGAGGGAAGAAAGAGGGGAAAAUCCUAUAAACUUUUUGGCAAAGACUCUAGCCCUCCCUCUAUUGUAUGGCAAUAGCUGUGACCCUAAUCAUAAUAUAUCGUAAAGAGAUCUUACAUUCCUUCCGAAAAUUUAAACGAGCAGCUUGUUUAAGGCAACUUUGAUGAAGAUAUUAAAACAAAAUCAGUUGCGGGGUAGUCAGGUAAUCCAAAGACCCCAAAAACGAAAAAAUACAAAGAGUAACUUUUUUGUGUAACCAAUAAUACUGUUUUAGCCUUUUCGUGCUUUGUUCCCGUUUGCCUCGUUUAUAUCAGCAUCAGUUAACAAUCUUUAGAAUGAUGAAAUGAAUUAGCCAUUAGAAAAAUUAAGCGAGUUCACGACUUCCUCUCUUUAACAAAGAAUUUAGAGAGCCCUAUAGGCGAAAAGGCAAUCAAAAAGCGACGCGCGUGUAGCCACUUUGACGGGGGCGACUCAGUAUUCUUGAGGUCUAAUGGAACAAAUAUGCGGCGACACCAAAUAAUCAGAAGAAUUCACUUUGUAGGUCUAUGUAACAUUUAAUUCUAGUGUACAAGUGGGUUAAAAGACUAUUAAAUAAUGUAAUCGUAACCUAUUACCUAAAAAUCCGUUCAGCCAGUGACAGAAGAACUCUCAUAUAAUUUCCGCGAUCCUCUCGAAUUUGACCAUCGACUUGAACAGUAGCAAUAAUAGUGCACACCUAUACCUUAUUGUUGUUGUCGUUUGUUUUUUUCCGCCGCCUUUAACUCGUUGAAGUUAUUGGAAACUAGUCCGCUAUCAAUUUAACUAAGAUAGCAUCUUAUAUGAUUUAAUCACAUCCUAAAAAAGGUGUAAGGUUUGAUAUACCACUAUGACAAAAAAACGACAUUAAAAAGCGAGUCAGUUGAACAAUGUUAGUUGAAGAAAGAUGAAAACAAACAAUUAGGGUUCAAUCAUUGAUAUUUUGUAAGCAUAUAAUUGUGAGAUGUGAAAUGUUCAAGAUAAGAUAAGAUAAGAUAAGAUAAAUGUAUAAAUGUAUAAACCGGUUGAUGGUUUGUAACUUAGUACGAAGAAAAACAAAUAUCAAAUGUGAUAUGCGAAUUAUGAAAUAUUGAGGAUUUUUGUUUAUGAUAGGAUAACCUUUAUUUUGAAACGAUGACUUUUGAAACAAGGUCAUUUUUUAAUGAAAAACCUUAAUUAUUUUUUCUUACUUACUUACUUCAGGUCCAGGAUUUGGGUCUUCAACAGUCCUACAGGGAUGACCGCGGAACUCACGACUUCAUCCGUCGCGUGAUGGCAUUGCCGUUCCUUCCUGAAGACGAGAUUGUACCACAGUUUGAGCGUUUGGAGUCGCAAGUAACCGAGGAGGGAAACCUUAGACAGUUCAUCCAGUACGUCCGAUCAACCUGGAUAGAAGGCAGCACCUGGGAGCCGUCGACCUGGACCGUCUUCCUACAGUCCGUACGAACGAACAACGACGUAGAGGGCUGGCAUCACGGACUUCACCGUCGCGCCUCCAGCAGAUCUCAGCUUCCUCUGUAUCUCCUGAUCGAUCUGCUUCAUCGAGAAGCCCGACUGACAUCCCUUCACAUCCGGCUGGUGUCUGAGAAAAAGCUGAAGCGGGUACAGCGAAGAAAGUACAGGAAACAGCAGGCCAAGAUAUUUAGCCUAUGGGAUGAAUAUUGGAGUGGGGACAAGAACGCCCGACAGCUUCUAAGAGCUUGUUCAUAUAUCAAUGGGCCAAGCUUCUGAACAAGCUGCUAGGUCGCUGGACUUAGCAGAAACACCAACGGCUCCUUUAGGAGCCACCACAUCUUCAAAAGUCAAUGAUCAACAUGAGUUAUUAUUUUGAAAUAAAAAUUAAAAGAAACAGAAACCCAAUAAAACCUAAACGAACUAAAUCGUAGCAAAAGUGUAAUCUACUAAGUCGGAUACAGAUUUCAAUUGGGGGCUAAUCGACUUCUAGUUUGGGGGCUAAUCGACUCAGUGGGGGCUAAUCAACUGGGGGCUAAUCGACUUGGGGGCUAAACAACCUACAACCGUUGGCAGACCAAGGCUACAGAUCUUACAGCAACAGCUGCAAACUCUGCACAAUGACGCCGGUUUUCUAGGGUUAACUGUGUUGUUUCAGAAUUGUUUCCUCUUAGGGGUGAAAAGCAUAUCAAGCUAUGCCCAUAAAACAGGAUCUUGGUACCUUUUAAGAGUUCUUUUCAAAAUUUGCGACAAGCACUUCUUUCCUUUUUAUAUGAGAGAUCCCUCCACACAGGGGCAACACUGGUUUUAAAUCUGUGAUACAAGGGAGGUCAGGCUGUAAUUUUGAUGGAUGAGCAUUGAUGCCAAUUCAACUCAUGAUUUGAGAUACCUCUCCCAAUUCUAUUUAGCCCCAUCACUAGUCACCCUAACCCAGUUUUCCAUCCCCCACCUUCCCCUGAUAUUAUGCUCAAAAUUCCCGACUAUCAUACCUGUUACUCAUGGGUGGUCAAAAAAUGCCUCUUGUUGUUGUUAUGAUUAUUAUUGUUGUUGUUGUUGUUGUCAUCAAUCCAUGUAAUUGUUUAAUUGAAUAGCAGAGUUUCAUUUGUCACUUCCAAUGUACCAAUUACAACAUGCACUUAUCGGGAAAAAUCUUACAUUGCUCUUGCUUGACACCAAAGAAAUGUUAUCAUGAAUGAAAUCUCCGUAUUCUCCAAAACCUCUGUUAGAAAUCAGCAACAAAUUUCAGUAUAACAGUAUGAGGUGUACCUUAUGCCCAGUCCACGAGUUGACCAGGGAAACUAAGGAGAUCAAUUGUGGUAAAUGUGACUCAUACACUAGAUGUUGCAAAAAAAAAUAAAAAAAUUAAUUUAUUUCUUGUAAACAAUAGUAUGGCAACUGACCAUUUUAAUUUGAAAAAAACAGAAACAUGUUUUAGAGCUUGUCUAAAAAGUAUUUUUUUAUGUUGUUAAUUAAUAUUUGGUAUGCAUCGACUUUCACACAGCACUUGGAUUCGCCACCAUCUAAUUCAAUAAAUUUUUUUGUUUCUUUAUUUAUCUCGUUGCAGUGCUGUUAUGACAUUGACAUUGCAGCCGUUACUACUUUUUGUUUCUUGAGGGCAGGGGGGAAUUGAUGGCUCGUGCGAUGAAUUUUCGUAAAUUUAGGUUGGAAGAAUAUACGGCCCCUUCAAGCUUGUGCUUACGCCAGUAUCCGCCAGAGGUUUCGCACCGUUCACGUAACAGGAUAUCGGUCAGUUCAGGAAAUUAUGUAUUUCUAGUAACAAAAUACGAUGGAAACUACAACUGGUAGGAUUUUUAAACGAAGAGAAAAGCGCAAAUAAAGUAAUGUGGAAAGACAAGGAGUAUGAGUACAUCUCAAGCGCGUGAAAUAAACAAAAAUAAUAAACUCACUAUUCAUCAGGCGAAGAUAGUGUUGAACAAUCAUUUACGGUGUGGUAACGACUCCUUAAUCAGCAUUCUAUUAAGCUAAAUUCUUUGGUUAUCUUCCCCUGAUUUGUCCGGUGGUAUGUGUUCAUAACGAUCAGCUUCAGAGCCGGUACGGAGCAUAAGGCCGACGACAUUGAAAAGUAAAAUUUCCUCGAUGUCGACGAUCAAAACGCGUCCAUUUGGCCAUGCAGCUACAUUCUUUCGAGAGUAGUGUAUAGAAAUACGUCACAACGAUGUAAGAUGAUCGUUUUCGCCGCGCGCUUAACGAGGACACUUUUUUGCCGCCAAAUCGCACUUUCAAUGGAUAAAAAAAAUGGUCAAGGAGAACUCGCUAGGGAAUUAAAUCGAUUAUUUCUAAUUUUUAAUACAGCUAUCAACUUUGAUUAGUACAGAACGGAAAAUGUCUACUUCCUAAUUGAUUUAAAGGUGUGAAAACCUCAGACAGAAAUGUAGUUGUUCGCGACUUUCUCUUCACCGCACUUAAUUGUUCCCUAAAUUUUAUCAAAAGAGAUACCAUUAUUCAUAAUAAGACAUGGAGGCUGUUCACUAGCCUUUUUCCACUCAGCGACGUUCCUUAGGUCUGCGAAAAGAAAACUGAAGAUAGCCAAACCGUAUUACGAAAUCAGAACAAGGGUUAUUUCAAAACAAUUUUUUUUUUUUCUCGGUUUUCAAAUCAUAUUAAUUUUUGAUUGAAUCCUCGGCUUAUACAUAAGAGAACGCUUUGUUUCCAUAAACGGUGUAUAUAAUUACAGUUCAAAAUUUGACGUACCUGCACACUUCGGGAAUGGAAAUCAUUCCCUUUGGCUUCCUUCUAAAUUUCAUUAACCACAAUUAAUUGCCUUUGACUUCUCAAAUUACAUUUCCUUUCUCGAUAUCGUGCUUUUAAGCGCUUUCGUAUUGAAAAGCUGAAAAUGUAAUAAGAAGUUCGCCAAAUAUUGAAACUACAGGUUAACGUGUUAUCAUUGUUUAGACACAAAUCUCUGCGGAAACAAAGACAUUUUGCUUUGUUUUUGCCACUGUUUCAAUGUGGUAGGGGACAAAUCUGUCUUUUUUAUAAGCAGUGUUAAUCAAAGUCAUGUUUUCUAAAUGCACAUAUUUUUAGAUGCAGAAUGCGCAGUGUCGAAAGAAUCAUCCUAAGUAUCUAUUUCUGUUUCUAACUAAUACUUUUCUUUUUGCAUGUUUAUUUGUAACCCGUAACUACACAGAAAUAGACACGACUUUCAAGACGGUUUGCCGUUGAUUGAUUUCAAUGGUUGUGCUCGGCCUAGUUUUUCCGCGGGAAACGAAGUCAAAAAUAAGAGGAUCCUUAGUGAACCGCCUGUCCAACUGGAGGGUGUAUAUACCGCACUAUGUCCUCAGUCAGUGAUG